AGAAUUUAUUUUUGACUGUCACAAGGUGUAUUUGGAACGGGCUAGGAACGAUGUCGUGGAUUUCGGAUUACCGCUAUACAUGUUUACAAAAGUUGGCAUUGCAGACUCUGCAAUUAACCGGCAGAAUACCCAACCACAUAGCAUUUGUCAUGGAUGGAAAUCGACGAUUCGCCCGCUCCAAGCAGCUUGAUAAGAUCGAGGGUCAUACGCGUGGCUUCUCCAAACUGGCCGAUGUGCUGCGCUGGUGUGUGGAUCUGGGCAUCAAGGAGGUGACAACGUUCGCCUUUAGCAUCGAGAACUUCAAGCGCUCCAACGAAGAGGUCGAAGGUCUGUUCAAUCUGGCCCGAGAGAAGUUUGCCAAAUUGCUGGAGGAGACCAAUCGCCUGAAUGAGCACGGCAUACGCAUUCGUGUCAUUGGCAACAUUCUCUUGCUACCCGAAGAUCUGCAGCGCCACAUUGCGACGGCUAUGCUGCGUACCGAGCACAAUGACAAGCUGUUCUUGAAUGUCGCCUUUGCCUAUACUUCCCGCGACGAAAUGACCCAGGCUGUCGAAUCUGUGCUCAAGAGCGACGAGCCCGCCGAUGAUGAGCCAUUGCAUCCGUCCGAUAUCAAUGAACGACUGCUUGAGGAAUGCCUCUACACACGUCACUCCCCGCCGCCGGACAUGGUGUUCCGCACCUCCGGCGAGACGCGUCUGAGCGACUUUAUGAUGUGGCAGCUGAGCUCAUCUGUGCUGUACUUUACGGAUGUGUUGUGGCCACAGAUAACUAUCUGGAACUUCCUAGCCAGCAUUGUGGCUUAUCAGUGCGAUCGAUGUCGGAUGGAGCGGUUUAAACGUGGCGAACGCCUUCAUAGCGCACAACUGGCCAAGGCCAGUGAAUUCUAUAGCCUGCGCGUACAGAAGUUUCUCCAUAGGCUAGAUGCCAAUCGCCGGAAAUUGUUGAUUGCUUUGGCCUCCAAUUGAAGUCGGGCAAAUUGUUAAAUGUAGAUUAAAUGUUGUGAUAGGUAAAUAAAGAUUUAAUU